CGAACAAGGAACACAAAUUUGCCGCUUUAUUAUUUAAAAAAACACCGUCCAAUAUACAACCAGCGUUGUCAGUUUGCUUUCCUCAACACAGCGGAUGAGAAAACGAGAGGACCCAACGACACCUAACCAAUAAAUUGCCAGCUUUGUUUACAGUAUUUUACAAUUUUCCCCGAAUUUACUGCAAUGGAAGUGCUGCAAUUCAUUGACACGAAAACUGUGCCGGAUAUUGUCCAUACCUACUCACCAGAGCUGAAAAAAAACGCAGUUCCAAUCAUCAUAGACAAUGGUUCUUACACAUGCAGAGUGGGCUGGGCCACUUCCAGUGAGCCCCUGAUUCAAUUCCGCAAUCUAAUAGCCAAACCGCGCAGAGAACGGCUGAAAAAAGAUACAAUCGAAAUACCGCAGACUCCCCAACUACAAGUUGGCAACGAUAUUGUUAACAUUGAAGCGGUGCGGUUUCAGUUGAAGACUCAAUUUGAUCGAAAUGUGGUAACGCAUUUCGAGGCGCAAGAGCAUCUUCUGGACUACGCUUUCAGUCAUUUGGGCAUAAAUACUGAAGACUGUGUGCCGCAUCCCAUUCUGUGCACUGAAGCCGUUCUGAAUCCCAAUACAUCCAGACAAUUGAUGUCUGAGCUGCUCUUUGAAUGUUACAACGUACCGGGAAUAUGCUACGGAAUCGACUCGAUAUUUGGCUACCACAAUUAUCAUAAGCCAAUGGAAAGUGCUUUGAUUGUGAAUCUGGGCUACCAAUGCUGUCACAUCAUUCCCGUUUUGAAUAACCAAACGAACUUUGAAAAUACCCGAAGACUUAACACGGGAGGCUUCCAUAUAGUCAACUUUUUACAUCGACUGUUGCAGCUAAAGUACCCAGUGCAUGCCACCGCAAUCACGGUGAGCCGAGCUGAAGAACUGCUGCACAAUGUGUGUAGAGUGGCAGUUGAUUAUCGCGAGGAACUGAAGAAAUGGGCCAAUGCAGAGUUCUAUGAGAACAAUGUGAAGAAAAUCCAGCUUCCUUUUACUGUAAAUACCAUCACUUCUGCAGUUACGUUGGAACAACAAAAGGAAAGGAAGAGAGAACUAGCAAGACGAUUAAUCGAAAUAAACGCCAGAAAACGCGAAGAACGUCUAGCGGAAGAUGAAGAAAAAAUCGGACAACUGUUGGAUAUCAAGGAAAUGAUCGAGCUGGGAGCAGACCGGGAAACAAUCGAGCGAACUUUAACGGAGUUUCAAAUAAAAAACGUGCUGGACUUGGAAAAAACCAUCUUCACUUUGAAUACCAAAAUAGAGAAAACCAAGCAGAAAAUACUCGCGGCAUCAAGCAACAUUGACGAAAUGGAGGAGCCGCAAGCCAAACAAUCAAAAUUCUCCAAAAUGGCUUUCGAAAGCGAUAAAGAAAUGUAUGUGUUUGUGCAAAACGUCAGGAAACUGAAGCAGGAAAUUUUGACGAAGAAAAUGGUCAGGAAGCAACGCAAGCAGGAUAUGGCCAAACGGCGAACGGCCGCAGGACAGGAAAGAAUGCGGAUCAUCUCACAGCUAGCGAGAAAAGAGAAAGGAAACGACGAUUUUGGGAUGAGAGACGAAGACUGGGAUAUUUACAAAACAAUCAGCAAAGACGGCGGCGACUCGGACAGUGAAGCGGAAAAUGAGAAACUGCUGGAAUUCGACGAAAUCCUUCGAACUCACGAACCAUCGGAACUGGGAGACUGCUCGCAACCGGGAGAAGCACAUCAGCUCCAUAUUGGCGUGGAAAUGUUCCGGGGGCCGGAGCUGAUUUUCAAGCCAUACAUGAUCGGCAGUCAAGAAGCCGGCCUUUCAGAAGUUAUUGCAUACGUGCUGUCGUUGUUCAACCCUGAUGAUCAACUGAAGCUGGCUUCAAAAGUGGUGGUAACCGGAGGACUGGCCGAUCUUCCCGGUCUGAGAGACCGACUGCUGACCGAUUUGAUCUCGGUGAGACCAUUCAAAUCAACGGUCAAUAUCACCAUCAUAAAUAACGCCAGUCUCUCGUCCUGGUAUGGAGCCAGAAACUUCGCACAAUCCGCAGAGUUUAUGGACACUUUAGUCACCAAAAAAAUGUAUCAGGAAAUGGGUGCAGAGUAUUUCAAAGUUCACAAGUACUCCAACCCGUUCAACGCCAGUCCAACCAGCAUCGCCGUUGAAGGCGAUCUCUGUGUUUAAAGGUAGAGAUUUUAUCGAACACAUUUAGACUGCCUAAGGCUAAACCAUCUCCCGUUAAUUGCGAUAAGAUUCACUUUAGGUCGAACAUUCAGCGAAAUAAAACGCAUUUUAAGA